GUGUGUUGCCAUAUAUCUACGGCAUUCAUAUCGGUCGGCGGUCUCGUGUCAACAAGUCGUGGGAAUGGACACCGUUUGGACAGGAAUGAAUACUGUCUGUGACCUUUUUCGAAACCAUCUGCCGAGCGAGUUUGUCGAACUGAACUUAGCUGUACUUUUGACUGAUCGAUACGAUUUGUUUUACGACCAAGCUGCCCUAAUUAGACAAGUACACGAUCCACGAAACGUUUUGUUCCUCGAUCGUUAAAUAUCGGAGGAUAAAAGACUCCGACGUUACAAGAGGAAUAUGCUACCCACUUUGGUUUACUCCCAAAUGGUGCCAGUGAUGAAUACCACCAACGUUUCAGCCGUGAUGACCACAAUGGCGCCUGGUACCACGACGUCAGACGAUGGUCUGACGUCCAACGGUACCCCGCACAGCACACUGGCUUUGGUCUUCAUCUGCAUUAGCGCCUUGCUCAGUCAGAUCCUGACCAUCGGUGGCAACAUCUUGGUCAUGCUGUCCUUCAGAGUAGAGAGACGUCUACAGAAACCUAGCAACUACUUCCUUCUCAGUCUUGCCGCGGCUGACCUGAUUAUUGGGCUAUUCUCUAUGCCCAUCUACACGCUGUAUCUCAUAAUGGGUACCUGGCCCUUUGGUACCUUCGUCUGCGACCUUUGGUUGUCCAUUGACUACUCAUGCAGUGAGGUGUCUGUGCUCAACCUCAUCAUGAUAAGCGCCGACAGGUUAUGGUCUGUCCGCUCCCCAGCCAGGUACCGCAACAAAAUGAACAUGCGACGGGCUGUCAUAAUGAUCGUUCCUACCUGGAUAUUGCCCAUACUGUUAUACUUCACCUCGGUCAUGGGCUGGCCGUAUUUCCAUACCGGGGACCCGCGUCCAAGUGACACAUGUUACGUUCCAUUCUUGGUGAACUCUCCGCUCUUCAUGGCCCUCUCGACCGUUAUGGUGUACUGGGUGCCGCUGUUAAUCCUGUUCCUUAUGUACGCCUACAUUUAUAGGAUUAUCCGGAACCUAUCGAGAAAGAAGAAAAAGUUUAGCCACCGCCGCAUGGCAAACGAUGAGUCGAUCAGGGGUAGGGCGAUGCGUCCACGGGUAUCCCAUGACCACCUGUAUCCCGAGCGUACUCUAGAGCCCACAAUGAUGGAGAGUGAAGCACUCGGAGUUGGUAUCACCACGGACGGUACCACCACCUCAACGACAGUCUCAGCCUUGUCAGCUGAGGCUAACCGGGUCAACGAGGUCAAGAGAAAAACUCCGCCUCGUAGAGAGAUGGAAUCGUACGACCACGACGAUCCUAGUGACGAGACAUCCUCGUCUGAGAGGCGGAAUCAGAGCGAACAGCAUCAGCCGCUACGGCACCAGUACCAGCCCAACAGUAAUGGGAAGAAGCGCUCCAGCAUCAUCACCUUCCGAUCUAGUGGUCGUAAGUACGAGGUCAAACGGCGUUCCGUCAAGGGAGAGAGGCAAAGCCGUAGCGAGCGCAAGGCCACUCGGACACUUACCUUCAUUCUCGGCGCUUUCUUUAUUACCUGGAGUCCGUACUCCACUAUGGUGAUGAUUAUGGGUUACUGUCCUGAUUGUGUACCCAUGCCCCUCUAUGAAUUCAGCUAUUACCUUUGCUAUAUUAACAGCACUAUUAACCCCCUAUGCUAUGCAUUUGCCAAUGAACUGUUCCGAGCAACCUUCUAUAAGAUUCUUACUUGUAAAGCAUUCAAGAGAAGAUAGUUAGAUGUAUCUUUUUAAUGCUGAGUUUAGUUUUAAGGUGCAUGGGAGUGUUUCCUGCCUAAGUAAGUGUUUCCUAUGUCAAAGUUUCAAAAUGUUUUUAUUUUUCUAGAUUGGUCACAUAAUUAUAUACGUUAUAAUAAUUGCUUAAGUUCCCUGUAUGCCUAAUGAUUGGCAUCUGUAAAUGAUUUCAGCCCAAAAGCCAGUGAAAUACUUUCGUGCACUUCCCUAACCUAGUUUUAACGGUUACGCAUGUGUUUUUUUUGUGGGUUAAGCACUCAGAAUGUCUAGACGGUGACUUUAAGACUUAACCUCGAACAUUUUGAGUUUCAUCGUUGAGAUUGUCAUAAUUUAAUUGAAGACCAGUACCGCCAUGUUCCAUUCUUUUAUUAUAAGCACAAAACCCUUCCGACGAGAUUUUCUUUUACUCACCCUGUAGUACUUCAGUGCAAAAUUGAACAGUUUUCUCUUUGUAAUAUUGACCGUUUUUAUCAAAAGUUUAAAACAUCUGGCAAUAUCCACUCGUUCUUAUGAUUCUGUUGUCAGAUCUGGUAUAUCUUUUUAUUUUACUUGGGUGCUAAAAAAAUCUAUCGUUUUACAUUGUUCACCUAUUGGUCGUUGGUACAAGAAACAACCCUCAGAGAUUCGAGACGGUUAUUCUCGUUUUAUGCAGUAUGCCUACAUACAUUCUUUGAAAAUGUUAUUUUUCUUCCUAUGUUACCAUUUUGUUAAACAUGAGUUUGCCUUAAUUUAUAUUUCGUUUGUACUAUUUUUAACCCAUGAAGAAGACCCAAUCAAGAACACUGAAUGAUUUAUAACUGUAAUUUCAUCGUAGCGUCAAGGAAAUAGCAUUACUGGAAAAUCGUUUUAGCCAAUUGAAAAAUUUGUGUCGUUAUGGCUUGUAAGAACAAAAAAAAAAUACUUUCCCCUCAAAAUAGGUGAGGAGGUGCUUUCGCGAACUCUAAAACAUAACGAGCAUAAUUAUUUGUCUUUUGUUACCAAUUGGUUUUUUUUUUCAGAAAAGGGUUUUAGUUGUAUACGUGACCAUAAUAUUUAAUACGUAGUGUCAAAGAUGUCUGGCAGUUUUAAGAGAAAAAAAGACAAGAUGAACAUUUUGAAAAUCACUUAGACAAUCGAGUUUCUUCCAAUGAUGCACGAGGGUUUCUUAAAUUACUACCCAGUUUUGUUACAGCAGACAGUAUAGGAGGUAUGUAGUUCUUGAGUUUUAAGCAUAUGUCACUUGAACAAUGAAUAUUGAGAACGGUACAAUUCCAAGGGGGAAAAACAACAGUAUUUUAGAAGUAAUAGCGCCCUGUUGAAUAUACAGCUGAUGAACCCAAGACAAGUUUCACGAAAUGAGAUAUAAAGAGGCCUUUGUCUGCUCGUUCUGUGGGCACGUUUCCAAUCAAACGAAGGCUUUCUUGACACUGUCUGUCGGCAAGGCUUGAAUAAUGACAUUCAGUGAAAUCGCAGCCUAGCCGGGCAUGUCAACAUCAGGCCUUGUUCCGAUGAGCGCAGGCGAGCUGGAAAGUGACAGCCGUUAUCACCAGGCGACGGACUUAAUAAAGACAUCCUUAAAUGACAGGCGGACAGACGUAAUUUCGUGUUUUCGCGCGCGUUGUGGAUGACUGACUUCACGACCUGGCCGACCUUUCUCCGUGUUUGUAGACAUGGCUUGUCUGGUUGUGUUACUCAGUUUGUGUUGUUGACAUUUUAAUGCAAUGACGGUGCCUGUAGAAAAGGUUUGAUACUUUACUAAACCAUACAGUGCUUAUAGCUGUAUUUCACGCAACACGUUACACCGAUGAAAUAAGAGACUUCUGUGUCUGUUUGUUGACCGAACUAAAAUAUGACUUGGCGACCUGGUGAGACAGUUGACUGACCAAUCCUUCACAAUUUGAUCAGGAACAAAACGAAAGAAACUUUGAAUUAUUGUGACUUUUCAAUAGUGUCGUUCCAAGUUUUGUUGACAAUAUUGAAGUCUGUGUUGUUCCAAAUUUGUUGAUAAUUUCUUUUAUUUCUUUUUUGAUUUUUGAGUUAAUUAGAUCAAAUUUACAACACUAUUUUUUCAGAGUUAUGGUCAAUUUUAAGUUAAUCAUCAUUCACAUCCUGAGACGUGAUACAUUUGUAAUUAAGUGAGGCGUGCAUAAUGUUCAUCCACACACCUCAGCUGUACUGUAUGUCCUUAUGCCGACGAGACAUGACUGCAUGACUAAAGGAACAUACCAGCAGGCCUAAUUAACAUUGAUCUCCACCAUAAUUCUUUGCGUUGCUUGUGAUUUGGAUACGUAUUUUGAGAAGUAAAACUGUGACAGCCCGUGAUUCAGCCCGUAGUUCAGCCUGGUGCGAUUCAGCACCGCGAUUAGGCCCGAAAUGUAGUGGAUGGGAAUGUGACAUGACCAAAAACUGACAAGAACGACUGAACUGCGACUAACCGACCCCCCCCCCCCCCCAGUAUUAAAAAAAGCGGAGAACGGGGGAAUUUUGAAAUUAUCAUUUUUCAAGCCUUGCAUUGCAUCCAAGCUAUUUUCGUUGUCACAGAAAGUGGAGCAUUAUGCAAGUACCAUUUUCUUUUGGAGAACAUUAAUCUGAGAGAAUCAUUCGUUUAAAAUGGUAAAUGCUUUGGAACGCGUUGUCACCGACAAUGACUGUUUCUUGGUCAGAGUGCGUGUGCAUUUAUUGGCUGUCAAGUUACAUGGUUGCUGGUAGGGAUCAUUCAAAACGAAUCGUGAAACGUAAAUGUUCUUUUCAUUGCAACUUUAUUUAAGGUUCCACGCAGAGGGAUACGCGUGCGUAGACAUCUUGUUUAGUCAUUGUUACUAAAUUUAAAUAAUUAAAAAAAAAACACCUUUGCACAGUGCAAAGAGUCUAUUGGUGAAUCGAAUAUAUAAACUUUGCCAAGGGCGCUAGAGACCUUUAAUUUCUGUUAGCUCUCGUUGGACGAAUUAAGACCAUGUACGUUAAAGGUACGGAAUGUACGUUCCUUGUUUCUUGUUUAUAGUAAGUGAUCUCCCAACAAAGCCUUGCGAAUUUGCUUUUCAGAGCUGCGAAAUAUUGUAGACGUUUCCAGUAUGCUCGUGUCUUUUGUAAGGAUCCCUAUUGGUAGGGGCUUGCUCAAGUUACCUCGAAAGGUAUCUCGUGCUCACGAACAAUGACGAUACACCUGGCUUGGUCUUGACAUUUGUACUGUCUACGCAGACUGCGGUAAAAUAACAAUAAUAAUAAAAAAAUUAAAAUAAACAUUUCUGUCGGGCCAAUAAAAGGUUGACAAAACUCGUGUAUAUGAAGGGCCCUUUGAUUUUUGUAUUAUUUCCUGUUGACGGGAGAAAAGAGGCAGCUGAGUCUGGCGAAGGGUGAUGGGAUUAGUUUUCUUCAUAACCCUUAAUAAGCUGUGUGUUGAGGUAUUGACCAGUUAUUGACAAAGACAGAGAGGGUGGGGGUGGUAAUUAUUUUUUUACGUCAUGGUUGGGCUAUAGAGUACUUGGCAUCGAUGUUGAUCGAAAUUUAGUAGGGCGAGAAGUAGGGACAGAAGCUUGAACUUCUCCCUUGCCCUCACACAUGGAGGAACAUAAUCAAGUUUUGCAACUUCUUAGUCCAUGUGGGGACACCGAAGAGAGCAAACGCCUCAACAUUGUUUAAGUUUACAGUUGAUUAGUUGAUUUUUAUUAAACAGCACAAAUGCUGAAUAAAAUAUGAAAACUGUGUGCGUAAAGCAGCGUAUAUCUAUAUAAGAGAAACUCGGCUGUAAUAUGGACCUGCAUGAUGUAGUGAUUGUUAGUCGUUAUUUAUAUUGUACAUUUUGUAUAUAGUUUGAAGACUAUACAGCGACUGUCGACUUCGAAUAAACCACAAAAGAUUGUUA